AUGGCGUUCGACAGCGAACCUGUGCGCCCUAGCAGCUGUCCUCUGCCAGGUGAAAUUCUGCGAACAGUCAUCUCGCAUGCAGAGCCAACGCAAAUGAAAGAUCUGGCGCUCGUGUCUCGAGACUUUCACGACACCGUGAGCUCGAUACUCUAUAGACACAUCCACCACACCUUUACUGAAGCCGAGGACGAGGAUGGGCUCAUGCCUGUCGACCUUCUAGCUACCGUCCUUGAAACUCUCGCGGGAGGCGACCACAACUACGCAAAAUACAUCAAAUCAUUUACCAUUGACGCAGAAUCCAGCUCUUGCGCCAAAAAGAUUACACACGAGUUAAAGUACGAUUGCUCGUCUGGAAAACUGUUGAAUGCCUUGUUGCUGGCUGCGCUGAAGAACGCGUCGACAUUGGAGACCUUCAACUGGGAUAUCGGCGUUGAACUAAGUCAAUCGUUUCUGCUAUCUCUUAGCCAGAAGACAACCCUUCAGCAUUUAUACUUGCGUCUCCAAAAAGGCCCUUCACUUCAUUCACGUUCAAUCAUGAACACAUUUCACUCACCCCCACCGUCGAAUCACCCCCCCAUCAAUGUACAUCAUCAUCAUCACCACCACCACCCGGACUACAUUUCUCCCAACCAAAAUCUUUUCGGACACCCAAACCCGCCCGUUCCGUUUGCUGCAAACCACCAUACCCAGCUCAACAAUAACGCCCGUCUUGGUCGAAAGCUAGGAACGGCCAAGCUUGCCGAUGUUCCCAAAAACAUUUCUCGAUUUUCUAACCUGAAGACUUUGGCUGUCCUGGACAUUGACGAUUAUGAGUACAUCCCAGAAAUUGCCGAGUGCGUUGCCAAUUCUGGGCCUCUGCUGCAAACCUUGAAGCUGUCGUUCUCCAAAAGCCUAGCAUGGAAAACACGGACCAAAACCGUCAACGAGAACAACGACUCUGGAGUAUCCGCAGAUGACGACGCCGAUGAUUUUAAUCCUAGUUUGCCCCAUCCGCCUCCGCAAUUCAUGGUAGUCCCCAACGAAUCGCCAGGAUCCCCCACUCAAUUGCCCACCAGCAUGGCUGAGGUUCGCAAGGACAGACAUCGCCAAGAAGAGGCUUUGUCUGCAAUACUUGGUCUUGCAAAAACCGGGCAAGAUCCAUCUAUUGACCGAAUGUUUGAAAUGGCUAUCUUGGCUGCACACAAGGAUGUUCAACGAGCCCAUGAAACGACUGUCGCUAGAAACGUUGCUUUUGCUAAAGUCGUGGGGAAAGUUGCUGAUGGCUUGCUAUCAUCUAGUCGUAAGAUCAUACCACGAGAAAAGCACGCCCUGGAGAAAAUCAGCAAGGCAGCAGAUAUUUGUAUCAGAGAAGAAGAGCUUAAGCAGUCUGUAGCUACAGCUAGCUCGAAUUCCUUUCAACCACCAACUGCUACAAAGACAACCGGCGAAGACGAUGGCACCAAUGGCGAGGUAGCUGACGUUGCUGGUACGUCGUCGCCUAAAAAAGAAGGAUUUUUCGAUAAUAAGUUAUUUGAUUACCUGGAAAAACUUUGCGAAAAUUCCUCCUCUGACCCGCCGGUGUUUCCGUUUGAAUGGCAGGAUAAAAAACUGGCAAACUCAGGACUGACAAGCCCAUCUCAACAUACGGAAGUUAACAACCCAAAGUCAUCUGGCCCGCCUGUCUUCGUACCUUUUCCACUUCUGAAUGGCGAGGCUCACCUGGAUGGACCUUCUACAGCCGUUAAUGGGGACAAAGAUGCUCUUUCGGAUAUCGUCGAUAUGGAACAUCCAGACAUAGUGGAUGAGAGUGAUGAGGAUCAGCACUCGGCAGAUGAAGAUGAAGGAUGGGCGAGCAAGGAGCCAUCGCAAGUUGAUAGCGGCAAGGGAAAGAUGCCACAGCAGUCUAUCGAGCCAGCUACCCAGAAAGAAGAAAAGGGGUUUGGUUUCCUACGCGCAGGCCAAGGAAUAUGCCUAGAAAAUAUGUAUCUCUCUCUGAUUCCUGUAAGAGCAUCCGUGCUUUUCAAGGGUAUCGAUGUCCCUAGAUUGAAACACCUAUCCCUUCUCAACGUGGGCUCCCAAGCGGCAUUCUGGUCCAUGUUGAGCAAGCUGCCAGAUCCAGUUCAGCUGACCUCUAUCCAUACGGAUCAUGUUACCGAUGCGUUUCUUCAUGCCCUGAGUGGUCUCGAGUGGGUCACUGAACUGUUUUUGUUUGAACAAAACCAGAAGACUUCCAAAGUGGCCCCUCUAACACCACCAACUACGGUCGGCGUAGAAGAUCUUCGACAAAAAGUGUUGAAGAGCCAUCUAACCCGCCUUCGUCGGUUGGUUAUUCGUAACGAACACAAUUCUGGGUGGAGGCUCGGUGUCAAGUCCAUCUCCACCCUAGCAAACCGUGGCGCCAACCUAAAAGAACUAAUGAUUGAGGUGAACUCAGAGGGCUUGCAUUUCCUUAUGCAGAAAAUCACCAAGUUCCGUUGUCUAUCGGCUCUGCAUAUUCUGUUCAACAUUCGUGAUAACAGCACCACCUUUUUGCGGGAAAUGCGCUACAAUCUCGCCGAUACCAUUUGCCAUUGCCCAUCUAUUCCGUUGCAAUACAUCGGUCUAUCUAACUCUAAUACUCGGGCAGGCGCCAUGCACGUGACGCAGCUACAAAGGAGCCGCUCGCGCCUAUCUGUUAUCAGUUCUGGGGAGCCGGUAAGCUCUGAUGCAAGCCCAACAGAUGGGUAUGAUACUGAUGACGAGGUUGAGCGAUCUUCCCCGAUCCUGAAAAAGGACCUGAAGCGCUCUGCGGUUGAAGGAGUCAAGAUGUGGCAGCGUGAUGCCUGGGGGAUGAAGCUGUAG